AUGCAACUUGAACUUCAGGUAUCAAAUCUAAGUCGGGAGCUCGAGGAACUACGAAAGACCAAGACAACAUCCCGUAUUCAACAAACUGGUUAUGGUGAACUAAAGCUGGAACUAAUUCAAACAAAACGGGAACUAAACAGAGCCAAGGAAGCAUUGCAAGCAUUGAAAGCAGAUCGUAAACGUUUAAAAGCAGAAAAAUUGGAACUUCUUAAUCAGAUGAAACAACUCUAUGGUGCCUUGGAAGAAAAAGAGACAGAAUUGCGAGAAUUUAUACGGAAAUAUGAACAGCGUAUGGCAGAAAAUGAUGAAAGCAUCAAGAAAUUGGCAUCUGAAAAAGAAGAUGUGGAACGCGAGAAGUGGGAGAUUAUCAAACGGGCAAGAGAGGCUGCAGAAAGAUCAGUGUUGUUGCAAUCUAAGUUGGAUUCAAAAGAAAAACUUGUGCAAAAAAUGCAAUCAGAUUUGUCUGAGUUAAGAAAUCAGUUUGCUUCCAUAUGUCGGACACGAGCGAGUGUCACUUCAGACGUGUUUGAAAAGUCAACUUGUAUGGAUGAGAGCCAAUCUGCUGACGAGCUCCCUUCUUAUGAAACACCCCCUGUAUCAGCUAAAUCAACUGAAGACAAAAGCUUCAAAAUGACAAACAGUAGUCCAGCCUCAAUGACUGAGGGAGAUACAGGGUCAGGGUCCCCACUAAUGAGCCUCCUCAGCUCAAGCCAAGAAAUCCUUGAUAAUGAAGUAAAGCGGCAGAAGAAGAAGAAGAGUCUAGGAUCACUGACCAAAAUGUUUUCCAAACCCAGAAGUCGGCGUUCAAUGGCACUGGCCAGUGAGUCAGAAUUGGAGGAUUCUAACUCAAGUACACCUCGUGUAAGUCUUCUGAGCCCAGAAAACCACCAAGAAAAGUUACAGUUGGUUGAACAACUGAAGGGAGUCCACAUGUCCCAGUGGAAGGCCAACCAAGUGCUGGCCUGGCUUGAGGUUUACCUCUGCAUGCCAGGCUAUGGCCAAAUGUGCUGUGAUAACAUCAAAAGUGGCAAGGUUUUAUUGGGUUUGAGUGACUCAGAACUAAGUUCAGCUCUGGGAAUAACAAAUCCAAUGCACAGGAGAAAAUUAAGACUUGCAAUUGAAGAUCAGCGAGAUCUUUCAGAAAUUAAAUACCCAAAAGCUUCUGAACUGGAUCAAAAUUGGGUGUGUCAACGUUGGCUGAAUGAUAUCGGCUUGCCUCAGUAUAAAGGAACAUUUGAAACUCAGCUUGUGGAUGGACGCAUGUUGAACACAAUCUCUAAGAAAGACAUGGAGAAACAUUUCGCUAUUCAUCGAAAGUUUCACCAAGCUAGUAUUCUUCAUGCUGUGGAACUUCUAAAAGCUGUGGAUUUCGAUAAAGAAGCACUCAGUGAAAGACGAGCCAAAUGUGAGGAUCAAAACAUUGAUCCUCUUGUCUGGAGUACGCAACGGGUGAUCAAAUGGGUGAAGACAAUUGAUUUGAAAGAGUAUGCUGACAACUUGAAAGAAAGUGGUGUGCAUGGGGCCCUCAUUGUUCUAGAACCCCUAUUCAAUGCAGAUACACUGGCCACAGCUCUGGGUAUACCUCCAUCAAAGUCCUAUGUUCGCAGACAUCUAAUCACUGAGCUAGAUGCCUUAAUAAAACCUGCCAGAGCACUUUUGGAUACAACAGUCCAUUACAAGAAGAAGGCUAAUGGUGGGUCAUUAGGUCGAUCCUUCCCUCGAUCAUUCCGAACUAAUACCAGUGUAGAUGAUUUGACACCGAAAUCCAGGAUGAGUAUUAGAGGUUCAAUUGGUAAAGCAUUUGGUCGCAAAAACAGAAGUGGUUUUGACUCAAAAGAUAGCAGUGAUGCAGACACACCAACACACACAAAACAGAAUAUCUCCGAGCCAAUAGCUAUGCGUCAUCGGUCAUGUGACUUGGACUUUUCAUCUACUACUGUGUAA